CGACCUGGCCGAAGUUAGGGAGUCCGAAAAAUUAGGCACCAUCAGAGCUACACCCAAGAUACGACUGUAUGUUUCAUUCCCAUCGCGUUCAUCAGCUUGACGUUUUCCAUCGCACAUAACUAAACUUGCUCAAAGUUACAUGGCGUAGGAUUACCCUUCCUGGCAUACGAAGCCCUUAGCUUAAAUAUUCCCGUAUGUUCCCGUCUGCAGUAGUCCACGUCGCUACUUACCCUACCGCUUGCCCAAUGUAUUGAGCUCUAACUUGUUGCCUGACGGCGGAAGCUUCGACGGUUGAACAUGGCUUCCGACUACUCACUUGAACUUUGGGACGUGCGUGGUCUUCCGUCCAGCUACAACCGUUUAGUGUUGGAGGUCAUCGUGCGGACACCGCGGUUGCUGAGCACAGUGCGGCGCAAGCACUCCACCUCAGGCUUCCAAGCGGAUGCGGCACGCGGCGUUACCAUUAGUUGGUCUCAAGCGAAGGCCGCCAAGGCAUCCGUUCGCCUAAGGGUUGUACCAGGCGACACUGCGGCGGCGGCCGAGUCAGUGACAACAGCAGCGGCGCCGUCCGCGGUUUCGGAGGGACUCCUGAAGGCGUGUAAGAGCCGCGAAGUGCCGCUGUUGCUCGGAGCGCAGGGGUUGCAAGCCGCGCAGCUACAGCUGCAGCUGCAAACAGACCCCGGAGGGUCGGGCGGAGCUGCUGCAGCGGCAGGUGGCAGAGGCGGUGGCGGCCGUGCCGACACUGGGUGCCUCGUAGCGGAGGUUGAGUUUGUGGUACGGAGCAAAGCUGACGGCGGCGACGGCAACCCCGUUGCUGCCGCCGCCGCCGCCCCGGCGUCAGCGGCCAUGCCUGCGGCCGCGAACAACGCCGCCUCCAACCCCAGCUCCACCAGCACCGGCGCCGGAGGCGACUCCGCUGCUGCAGGCGGCUCCCCGCUAGCCACACUGCGGUCGUCCUCCCUGCAUGCAUGGAGCGGGCAGGCCGCUGCCGCAGCACAGCCGGAGCCCGCACCGUCAGCCGCCGGCACUGCCGCCGCCACGGCAGCUCCUACGGCCCGCAAGCGGUCGUGGCUGCUGGCGCUCGGGCUGGUCCGCCAUGCUGGCGGUGGCGGGGCCGGGUCAGCGGAGCAUGCAAAUGAUGCCGGCGGUGGCAACUGCGCACUGGCCAACUUCAUCACCUCCGGCCACGCUGCUGCUGCUUGAUUCCCCCACAGGCUCAUCCAAAGCGCGCACGAACGAUGUACCGGUGUCGAACUGCCCCAACAGCAGCAGCACCUCGUUGCGUGUGAAGGCUGGCGGUGUGGCGGGGUCGUUGUAGCGCGCCAGGGUCCAGCGGUGCGGGCAGCCGCAGCGCAGGCGGUCACGUGCCAGGGAAUCCCUGUCGCGGCACGUGUGUGGUUGUAAGGCGCAACGCAACGACAGGGGACACGGCGGGCGAGUUGGGCGGCGGCAGGGAGGCGGGAUCCUGCCGGAGACAAGCGAUCGUGGGAUUGGUUGAUGAUGAUUGGUUUGGGGAUGAUUGAACAGGAGAGAGAUACGGGUUGGUGGGUUUCGGUCGGUUGAUCCGACCCAAACCGAUGCCUCAUGCACCCCACCUUGUCUGCAGCAGCGGAGGAGGAGGAGGAGGAGGAGGAGGCCGUGGCGACCACGAAGCUCAUGGUUCCGGAGGUGUCGCUGAACACGGGGGUGGUCAUGGCCAUCCGGGCACCCGUCGCAUUGUCGCCAAAGAUGUAGCGGGCCAGGGUGUUGAAGGCGCGGCUCCCCGCACCCGCCGGGUUAACCACCGGUAAGCCGCCUGCUGCUGGAGCCGCUUCUGGUCCUGCCGCUGCUGCCGGUGCUGGUGCUGCUGCUGCUGCCGAUUCCUGCUGAUGAUGUGCUUCCCGCGGUUGUGUGACGUCGUGCAUCUGCGCCUGCUCCUGCUCCCGACCUCCGGCUGCCUCCUCCAUGGUCGUCUCAGCCACAAGGUACGGCUCGUACUGUCGUACCUCGUAGUCACGCGCGCGCCUGCCGUACAUGCGGCAGGCACCAAAGAGUUAACCCCAAUGGGACCGGGCGGAAUGAAGCUUGACGGGCUUCCAAAUCGUUGUGGUGUGUCAAACCCGCUGCGGUCAAUUCAAUUCUUACCGGAGACCGGUGAAACACGCACGCACAGCCCCGCUGUGCCCGGCCCGGCCCGGCCCAGCCCUGCCUCACAUGUUGCAAACCAUGCUGACACCGUAUCACACGGGUAGUUAGUGUUUCCUCCUUACCCCCCUCCUGACCUGAGUACGACGUAGCGGGGGGUGUCCAGUGGCGGGGUGGCGUGCAGCGAUGUCAGCUGCCGCAGAAAGUCCAGGAACCCCUCGGGCCCCCCAGCAGCCCCCUACAGCUCGUCAGUUUCCUCCCCCCACCCACACACACCUGGCGGCGGAUGGAGUCCCACGUGUCGAUGUGGCGGCAGAUCUUGCCGCUGGCGGGGUUGAAAACUGGAAGACGAGGAUGUGGCGGCAUGCAUUUCUUUUCUCGUCUUCACAAGGCGUUCGCGAAGGUGAAUGCCUCGGAGAGCCCCUGCAUGCGCGCACGCACCGGUAAAGGUGAUGGUGGGGUUCCAGAGCCCGGCGGUGGGCAGGGCGGCUGCGGGCGUGAAGCGCAUGCUCAUGGUCCAGCGAGUGGUGAUGGAGUCGGGUGCCGUACAGCGCGCGUCGUGCAGGGUGAAGCGCGGGUCGAAGGCGGCUCGCAGGAAGGCGAUGUUGAGUAGGUAGCCGGCGAGGGAGGUGUGGCGGGUGAUGGGGUCUCGGAAGUCAACCACGGCCUCGUAGCUGCGAGGCGCCGGGGUAAUCACUCAUCAGCACAGCGGUGUAGGUACAUGGUGUAGGUACUUGAAUGAAUGAGGUACAAAUGAAGUAGGUACAAUGGUUGCCUACGGGAUGUUGAGUUGUGGGGCAGCAAUACGGGAGGCAGUGAGAUCGCCAGCAAGGGCGAGUGCAGGGCGAGCAGGAGCAGGAGUGGGUUAUAACGGUGAAGGACAGUAGGGUACGGAUUGGGAUGAACAGGGUGUAUGGUACGACAACGGUGUACAACAAGAAGGUUCGGAAGGCUGAUUUCUGAUGGGUUCGUAUUCUUGGUCCGCUGCAGAACUUGGGGUAUUGGGAAGAGUUAACUGGGGGCCUUGUAACCCGGUCGCCUGCUCA